CAGAGCUUCUUGGAUGCUAGGAUUUUUUUUUUAUAUAUAUAUCUGUAAAACUAAACUAGAACCCCCGGCAACAAUUUCGAUGUUUAGUUUUGAGACAGGGUCUUCAUACGUUGCCCAGGCUGGCCUUGAGAUCCUCCUGCCUGAGAUGACAGACUUUAGCUACCAGGUGCUUGGACAAUGGGCUGGGCGCUCAGGGUCAGCUACGUGGGUCCCUGAAGGUGACAGGAAGCCGGGUUUGAGGGGUGGGUGAAGUUUUCUAUCUCAAAGCUCCUUGGGAUAGCGUGGGGGCUGUUAUUGGGAGGUUUAGGCUCUCCUGCUGGGGAGGAAAGAGUUAAAAGUGUGCUGUACCUCCGCAAGGCAUCAGGUUUCUUGGGUCCAGGUUCCUCCUGGAAGGGGUGGAGCUAGGCUGGCCCCUGGGCCUCUCAGUAGCCUCAGGCUUGGCUAAGUCCUGCUGAGGAAGCAUGGGGAAGUGGCCGAGAAAGAGACUCCGACUGGACAUCCUCACCUGACUGUCCCCAAAUCCACAGCCAUGGCCCUGUCCCCAUCUCUUGGCCAUGGAUUCCCCUCGGAGCCCCUCAGCCAACCCCUGGGUGCUCCUAGGGAGCCGGACAUUACUGGAUGCACCAUCGGCCCUGUGCCUGGAGAGGAGACAAGCAGGUCAGAGCAGGCCCAGGCCUCCUUGGGCCCUCCCGAGCACAUCACAGGUGAACUGAAGGACACCGAGCCUGCCCCCGGGCCCCCAGGACUACCCCUGGCCUCUUCCCAUGAGCAUCAAGAUGGGGGGAAGCGCUGCGAGCAUGCUGUCUCUGGCCUGGAAGUCCUAGAAACGGAGCAGGACAGCCUACGUCUUUGUCUGUUGGGGCUGAGCUUCCAGCUACAGGACCUGGAACAAGGCCUUGGAUCUUGGACACUGGCCCACAGCAGGAUUGUCCAGCUGCAGGCCCUACAGGCAGAGCUGCGCGGGGCAGCCGAGCGCGUGGAUGCAUUGCUGGCCUUUGGUGAGGGGCUGGCAGAGAGGAGUGAGCCCAGGCUCUGGGCCUCUCUGGAGCGGGUCCUGAGGGCCCUGGGAACCCACCGAGACACCAUCUUCCAACGGCUCUGGCAGCUGCAGACACAGCUGAUCAGCUAUAGCCUGGUGCUUGAGAAGGCCAACCUCCUGGACCGGGACUUGGAAGCUGAGGGAGACUCAGACGGGCCAGCACCUGGUGGAAUCUGGGGGCCCUGGGCACCCGGACCUGCUCACGUUGGGGCUCAGCCACCGGAAACACUUAGCAGCUCACCAUCGAAGGCGUCUCCGGAAGCCUCAGGACAAGAAGAGGCAAGCAUCUCCCAGUCCACCGGAUGUGAUGCUGGCGGUGGACCAUGGGGGUCCCCUGCUGUGCUCAUGCCCGACUGGCCAGGACGCCCUACCUGGUGCUCAGCUACGUCAAUGGUCUCCCUCCAAUCUGAGUCCACAGCCCAGACAUGUGUAUUAAAUGGUUGCUUUCCAAAGAUGUCUAAGAAUAUUGAGUGCUUGAGAACCUGGAAAUGGAGACAGCCUGGGUAUGUUUCGACAGCCCCUUUUAUACCUGUGUGUGAGGGCAGAACACGGAACCGAAUGAGCCUCCCUCAGCUGGGGUUCCCCAGAUUGUAAUGCAAAAGCCCAAGU